GGCAAGUCGGGGACCGCCUCGUCCUGGGAGGCCUCGGGUCCCGCGCCCGCGGCGCCCCGGCGCUUUCCUGUCAUUGGUGCUUUGAGAUCAGCAGAAUGGGGGUGAAUGAUCUGUGGCCAAUUUUGGAGCCGGUCAAGCAGCAUACCCAUCUCCAGAGCCUCCAGGGGAAAACCCUCGCAGUUGAUCUGAGUCUCUGGGUGUGUGAAGCGCUUACAGUCAAAAAGAUGGUUGGCACCGUCGUCAAGCCCCAUCUCAGGAACUUAUUUUUUCGGAUCUCGUCUCUGACUUUAAUGGGAGUAAAACUGCUCUUCGUCACGGAAGGCGAUGCUCCCAAGCUGAAAGCGGACGUGAUGAGCAAAAGGAAUGAGACGCGAUAUGGGCCCCCCCAAAACCGGACCCACCGGCCCACGAGAUCCUCUUUCAAGGCCAUCUUAAAAGAGUGCCUUGACAUGUUGGACUGUUUGGGAAUUCCAUGGGUUCAAGCAGCCGGGGAAGCCGAGGCCAUGUGUGCUUAUCUCAAUGCCCACGGCUGUGUGGAUGGGUGCCUCACCAAUGACGGAGACGCUUUCCUUUACGGGGCACAGACCGUUUAUCGAAAUUUCACCAUGAAUACAAAGGACCCCCAUGUGGAUUGCUAUACGAUGUCCUCCAUUAAGAAGGAGCUGGGCUUAGAUCGGGACUCGCUGAUUGGCCUGGCCGUGCUGCUGGGCUGUGACUACCUUCCAAAGGGCGUCCCUGGAGUUGGCAAGGAGCAGGCGCUAAAGCUGGUGCGCGCGUUGGACGGGCAGAGUUUACUGCAGAGGUUUGAUCGGUGGAAGGAGGAAUCCAACGGCCUUGACCCCCCACCAGUCGCAGUUAAAAAGCCAGCUCAUUGCUCCGUGUGUGCCCAUCCAGGCUCCCCCAAGGACCAUGAGCGUAACGGGUGCAGGCUGUGUGGAAGCGAGAAACACUGUGAACCUCACGAUUAUGAGUACCGCUGCCUUUGUGAGUGGCAUCGGGCGGAGCACAGAAGACAGCAAGGCGCAACUGAGGACAGCAUCAGGAAGAAAGCUUGCAGUUGUGAAGGAUUCCCAUUCCACGAGGUUAUUCGAGAAUUCCAGUUGAGCAAGGAUAGAUUGACGAAGAAAAUCCUCUGCCGCAGACCUGACCUGUUAUCUUUUCAGGUAUUUGCUUUGGAGAAAAUGGAGUGGCCCCGGCAUUACGCAUGUGAGAAGUUAAUGGUGCUUUUGACACAUCACGACAUGACGGAGAGGAAGUCUGGCUGGAUAGGUCCCGGCCAGCUGCAGCCAGUGCGAAUCACCCACACGCGCAUCAGGAACGGCAUCCCUUGUUUUGAGAUCCAGUGGCAACGGCCAGAGCACUAUGUGAUGGCUGCUGAAGCUGCCCCUGGCACUGAACUCCAGCCAGGGCCGCCUGCUGUGAUCACGGUGGAGGAGGCCUCCUUAUUCGAAGCUGCCUACCCUGACGCGGUCGCCCAGUACCAGAAGGAAGUGCUGGAACGCCAGGGGAAGAAGUCCAGAAGCAAGAAAAGCAAGCCUAAGGGAGGCGAUUUGCCAGAAUUGGAGGAGGUGGCCAACCUUCUGUCCCAUGUGAAACUGUCUCGUGAAACGGCGCCAGAGCAGAACUUCAGGUCAAAUCUGAAGAUUGCUCCUGAAGAUAAACGGCAGCAGAGAACGACCCCAGCAACGGACAGCUGGCUUUGUGUGGGGGCUGCCUCGAACUCGGAGGCCCAACAGCCCUCUGCCCCUGCCCCUCGGAGACCCGGGACCGCUCAGCACAGCGUUGCCAGUGAUCGUUCUUUGUCUGCGUCCGAGCAUCGGGAUGAUAGCGCGGUCGUCGAGGCCCUCCAGCUGAGCUCCAUUGACUGGGAGGGUACCUCCUUCAGUGCUUCACCAGGUGCACAGGCACCCACGACCUCUGCCCGCCCCUCAGACCCUGGCGGGACCCCUGGGCAGCUCCAUCGUGCAGCGACGUCGGGUAGAGGAAGUAUCCAGGACCCCCAGAGCGCUGGCCCUGCCGGAGGCCGUUCGACUCUUGAUUUGAACCUUCUCCCUCUAAUGGAGCGAGUGUGUGCCCAGGCCUGGGAGCAGCCCCGGUGCUCCUCCCUGCUGGAGGAAGGGUGUCCUACUUCCUGGGUGGGAUUGGAAGCCUCGUCACUGCAGAGGACAGAAGGGAGCCUUGCUGCUAAAAGCAGGGCCUCUACUGAGCCCCAACAAACUGAUCGUCGUCCACCGGGUGGUCUCCCAGUGUUUGGUUUGCAAAAUGGCCAGGAAAAAUCUGACUGGGCACCCAGCAGAGUGCCAUUCCUUCAGGAGAAGCCCACAGUGAGCACUUGUGUGCCCCACGCCCUGAGGAAAGAGGCAAGGAGGCCCGCAGGCUCAGAGUAUACCCAAGUUCAGCCUGAGUCUCAAACUGCCCCAAAGAGAGUCCCCAAAAAGAGUGUUUGCCUCCCUUGCAGCUCCUCUGAUGAGGAGAAUGAGCUGGCCGGCCAAGAUGAGAAGUGCCCGCAUCCAAAAUGGAAGCCGUGGCCUCAGCAGCACCCCCGGGCCUGGCCCCAGACCAGUGUUCCCAGGCCAGACCCCAGAGAGGCUAGUGAAGGGGCCUGGGCUCCCCGGUCAGCCAAGGCCACAGAAAGCCCUCCACGACCGGUGCUGUGCUCGUCUCCAGUGCCUCCUGGAGAAGAGAAAGAUGCCAGUCUCAUUUUGGAGAGCCCUCUUCCUUUGGCUCAGAGAUUGAAGCUAAAAUUCCAGAGCAGUUGACAAAGCCACACAGCAGAUACAUCGUGUCUUGUCUCUUCUUUGGAGCUAGCGUCUGCUGACCUGAGCCCAGGCUGGAGGUGUCAGGCCAGGAGAGAGGCCAAAGCAAGGGCAUGGGCACUGUGGAGGUGGCUUCUGCAUAGUGAAAAUAUCUGUGAACUCCAUGGCAUUAUCAGGAUUCAGUUGGGGAAACUGAGGUAUUCAGAUUUAGUCUAAAUUAAACUGGGGGGGUGAGGGAGGAGGGGAGGAGAGGCUCAAGAAUGUAGCCUUGCCUGUUCUGUUCCCAAAUUGUGAAAGAGCAGCUGCCAUCAACGUGCUAUGGCUUCUGCCUGACCCAGGGAAGGAGGCAGCUGGAGCCAUCCUGGAGCUGUCCUGGAGCCGUCCUGGAGCCAACCUGGAGCCCAGGCGGCUCAGGGCUGGGGGCCAGGCAGCCCCAAUACUGUCCCUCUCGUUGGGAACCAAGAGAAGCAGGCCCCCAGCAUGCACUGUGAACCAUCCUGUUGAUUCUCUGGUUACCAUCUGACGAGGGACCGACCCAGGAGCCUGGGGUCUUUCCAGCAGUUACACCGGGAGCCAGACUCACCUUUCCGUAACCGCAUCCUACUUGGAAUUUCUCUUUGUACGCGAAAGUAAUUAAACUACAUUUUAAAUGUUUUGUUAA